GGUGUUGCGCUUGGUGGUUCAGGGAGUCAGAGCAGCAGCAGAAGUCACCGCGAACAGUCAUUGCGUCUGUAUGCUGUCGCGGAGAGCUCCCACACUCCUCCGCUGCUGUCGAUCGAUCCAACGCCCAACGAGACUUCCCGUCGCCGCCGUAUGCUGGACUGCGAGCCACGCAUCGAGAAAGUGCAGCUCACACCACCAGCCCUCGCCUAGAUCUGCUCCCAGACCACCACCGACCAUGGGCAAGGACAAAAAGGCCGACGCCGGCGACUCGCGACCUCUCGAGCUCACUCCUCCUCCAGACUUCUUCGCCACGCGCAAUGCUCUCUUCGACAAGCGAAAGGCUGAGCAAGAUGCGUGGAUCGCGAAACAGCCCCGCGAGCCGAUCACCAUCACUCUGGACAAUGGCACCACCAAGGAGGGCACGAGCUGGGAGACCACGCCCGGUCAGAUCGCUCGCGAUAUCAGCAAGAGUCUGUUCGAGCGCACCGUCAUCUCACGCAUAGAUGGAGAAGAGCUGUGGGAUUUGGACAGGCCAUUGGAGAAGUCCUGCAAACUGGAACUGCUCGACUUCGAUCAUCCUGAGGGCAAGAAAGUCUUCUGGCACAGCAGUGCGCACAUUCUGGGAGAGGCUUGUGAACGAAGAUUCGGUUGCUCGCUGUGCAUUGGUCCUCCAGUCGAAGAUGGCUUCUACUACGAAAUGGCACUUCCAGACCAAGCGGCCGUCACCGCAGCCGACUACAAGCCACUGAAACAGAUUGCAGAGAAGGCGAUCAAGGAGAAACAGCCCUUUGAGCGUCUUACCUUGAGCAAGGAGGAUUUGCUCGAAAUGUUCUCAUACAACAAGUACAAGCAGCACAUCAUCAAGGACAAAAUCCCAGACGGCACUUCCACCACUGUCUACCGAUGCGGACCACUCAUCGAUUUGUGCAGAGGUCCCCACGUCCAGCAUACUGGACGCAUCAAGGCAUUCGAGGUGAUGAAGAACUCGGCCAGUUACUUCUUGGGUGAUGCGAAGAACGACAGUCUGCAGCGUAUCUAUGGUGUCUCGUUCCCAGACAAAAAGGCGCUUGAAGAGCACAAGCACUUCCUCGAGGAGGCUGCCAAGCGCGACCACCGCAAAAUUGGUCAAGAACAGGAGUUGUUCUUCUUCCACCAAAUGUCACCUGGCUCAGCUUUCUUCCUCCCACACGGCAUGAUCAUCAAGAAUGCCCUUUACUCGUUCAUCCGUGACGAGUACUGGAAACGCGGCUACCAGGAGGUGGGUUCACCGAACAUGUACAACUCCGCGCUGUGGAAGCAAUCUGGUCACUGGCAACACUACCAAGACGACAUGUUCACCUUCGAAGUUGAGAAGGAUCAAUGGGCAUUGAAACCAAUGAACUGUCCUGGACACUGUCUUCUCUUCGGCCAUCGCGAGCGAAGCUACCGAGAACUCCCAAUGCGCAUUGCUGACUGUGGUGUGCUGCACCGAAACGAAGCAUCAGGCGCACUUUCUGGUCUUACACGUGUACGACGCUUCGAGCAAGACGACACGCACAUUUUCUGUAUGGAGAGCCAAGUCGAGCAAGAAGUGAAAGCCCUCUUUGACUUCAUGACUGCUGUGUAUGGUUUGUUUGGCUUCAAGUUCAAGAUGAAGCUGUCUACCAUGCCUGAGAACCAUCUUGGUGACGAGGCUACCUGGCAGCGCGCUGAGUCGCAAUUGGCGAGUGCACUGGAUGAGUUCAAAGCAAACACCGGCACCCAGUGGGAGCUCAACCCUGGCGAUGGCGCCUUUUAUGGCCCAAAAAUCGAUGUCACCAUCUCCGAUGCGCUCCGCCGUGAGUUCCAAUGCGCUACCAUCCAGCUCGAUUUCCAAUUGCCCCAGCAGUUCAAUCUCGAGUACCGUACGGACGAGGUUGCGACUGCCACUGCGCCGAAGGCGGAGACCAACGGCGAGAAGCCGGCAGAGGCAGCAAAGCCAGAGGAGAAGACACUACCAAUCCGUCCGGCCCCAACUGCUGAGACUGGAGACGUAUCAGCAGCUGCUGCUACGGCAGCGAAGCCUGAGGCAUCAUACCGUCGCGAGCUCACUCCUGGCUGCGCCCGUCCAGUCAUGAUUCAUCGCGCCAUCUACGGCUCCUUCGAGCGCUUCAUUGGUAUCCUGACAGAGCACUUCGGCGGCAAGUGGCCGUUCUGGCUCUCACCUCGACAGAUUUUGAUCGUUCCCGUCAUGCCCUCUGCAAAUGACUAUGUCAUUGAGCUGCAAAAGGAGUUCCGUGCUGCAAAGAUGCACGUCGAUAUUGACAUCACGGGUAACACGAUGCAAAAGAAGAUCCGCACAGGACAACUGGCACAAUACAAUUUCAUCUUCGUGGUCGGUGCGCAAGAGAAGGAGUCACGUACGGUCAACAUCCGGAAUCGUGAUGACCCGUCCACACAGAAGAUGGGCGAGCUGAUCCCUGUUGAUAAGGCAAUGGAGCUGUUGACCAAGCUGAGGGAUGAGAGGCGGCUGAGCUCGGAUUUGAAGGCAUAGAGUGCUGCCAGAGCAAGUAAAAAGGAUCAGUCAGGAGAGUUGUUGGACGCUCGGCAAGGCUAUGUAAAGCGGCUAUUGCAUGUGCUUUGGGUGAUUCUGCGGAAGUUGCUCAAGGCUGUGAUCUAGAAGAUCUUCAAAGCUCUCGUCGUUUCGAGGUACAUCCUUUCCGAGACCGAUUAGAGCUGAAAACUAUGAAACGACUGUUCGUAGAAUCACUCCAUUAUUCGAGCACCUUCCUUGUAUCCUGGUCCGGCGGAAGGGUAGGUGGGCAAGAUGCCCCACACUCCACAGAGUGUCUGGGGUGCAAGGAGGAAGCUGCACGUCAAUUUGCACGCCGCAAUAUGCGGUUCGCCAACGCGUUGAACAUUGCAUUGCUUCCUGAAACUUACUCUGAAUACCCCGAAGGAGUCAGAAGGCAGAUGACCUCUUCUCUUGACAAUCAAUCGAACUGAUUCACCCUCCUGCCGGAUGCAAGCGAC